AUGCCAGAGUCUCGUUCGUUAUCGGAAUUAACCAGACAAAUCGCUCCACCAACUAAGAACGGCCAUGCACCACCACCCACGGAAUCGAGAAAGAGCUCUCAAUCUGUCAAUCCUGUCCGUGUCCGGGCCGGUUUCAGCUUUGCAACCAUACUCCCCCCGGAACCCAAAGACUUGGGUUUCCCGGGAGCUGCCCGGCGGGUCAUGGGAAUAACGCCGCCGGAUCGCCAGUCGGCAUCGUUUAUGGUCGGAACUACGACGGAUCAACCAGGUAGCCGCCACCCGCGGCGCGCCGCCCUCGCCCGCCGUUCCGUCCAGCCGGCCGUCCCUUUAGCCGUAUCGCCGCGUCCCGCGGACACGCGCGCGGCCCCGCCGGCCGGCGCGCGCGCGCCCGCCACCCCCGACCACCUUUACCGUCCCCCCACCACCACCACCGGGGGGGGGCGCUCUUUCGCCGCUCCGACCCGCGGGAGCGGCAUCGCGGAGGUGGCGCCACCCCGCGGUGGCGGCCGCGGGAGCGCGCCUGAGGCGGGGCCGGCGGCGCCGGCGCGCCACCGACCCCGGCGGCCGGCCCUUCCCGCGCCGCCGCGGGCAAGGAGCCGGGACCCGCUGCGCAGCUUUCCUUUCGGGUUUCCCUUCUCUCGCGGCGUGGCAACCGCGCUUUCCCGUCUCCCGCGAGACGGGGACACGCGCCCGGCCUCCCUCCCACGCUCGCCAGCGCCCGCCAGGGACCGACCUGGCCCCCGAGGCCGCCCCACCGCCCGAGCGCUGCUCGCGGCCGGCACCCGCGGGCACACGGACCGAGGCCAGCACCGGCGCCUCGCGUGCUUUAGGACACCUGAGGGCUCGCGGGGCCACGCGGCCGUCACACAGCCCGGUUCGGUAACAAGUCCGUGGAACCUCCCCCCGCGUCGAGCAGAGAGCACCAAGGACGCGACCGACACGGCGAGGCACGCACCCCGCCGCCGACACGGCCGCGGCUCCUUCUCGCUCGGGGUGUGGGGGGAGGAAGGCGGAGGACGACACCUCGGACGCCACGGGAAGCGAGCUGGAAAGGAGACCGCCCAGCCUGAACACCGGACACCGCCCGCGGCCCGCACGAGGACGGGGAGCGCAGACGAGACCGGCCCGCCGGGGGCCCUCUCCGACGCGACCCGAAAGGCCUCAUCGAUCGGUCGGGGGAAGACAGGAAAGGAGAGACAAGAUGCCCGUAAAAGGCCUCCCACGGUAGGCCAGAACGCUGGUCCGGAGACAGCAGGGCAGCCCGAGCCCAAUCCGUGGGGACCCUACUCGGGGCCGGGUGCUCAAAAGGACGACGAGAGCUCCCGCGAGCCACUCUUAAUCCCCAGCCAUCCGUUCGAGUGCCGGCCUCCGCCGCCGGUUUUUUUUGCCCUCACCCCGCGGGAGGGACGAACGAGCCACCUCGGGAAGCGCCGCUCGCUAGCGCUGCUGCGGAGACGAGCCACUACUCGCUCCCAUAAAACGGAUAGAAACGACUCCUCCCGCGCCGCCACGCAACACCAGAAUCUAGGCUCACCCAAGUGGCGAGCAACCGACGACGGCGCGCCUGACAAGUCCGUUGCAGCACCUCGGAAACGCCAGUGUCUGAAAAGAGGCGAAAAUCACCCCAGCGGCGGCGCGAGUUACUCGCCAGAUACUCGCGAGGUACUCUCGAGGUACGCCCGAGGUACUCUCGAGGUGCGCGUGAGGUACUCGGCUCUCCCGUUACCGGCGGUGGCAGCACUGGGCGAGCCGCAGCCGCUGGGUCUGUCGAGGUACCGCCGCCCCCUGUCGCGCCCCGUCCCGUCCCCGGGCCCCGCUCCGCUCGGGGCCGGCCGGCGGACGCCGCCGCCGCCACACGCGGGUGCCCCGUGCAGAGCGGAGCAGCGGGGCCGCGGCCGCUCUCCCCCCACUCCGCAGCCGCCCGGCAGCCGCCACCCCCGAGCUCCUGAUCUGAGUCACCUCGUUGAUGUCCUUUACAGGACGUAA